AAAUUUCUCGCGGGCUAUUUUCCCGUCGGACGCGGGAAAAAGGGCGUCUCAGUCUCUCUCUGGAAAAAGAGAAUCUCAGUCUCUCUCUCUCUCUGUUAGGGUUAGGGUUUUUCUUCAGUAUUCCAGAAGGUGACAAUGAAUUCAAGAGAGUUAGCUCUAAUUUCAACCGCUGCCAUGUUUGGCGCGGUUGCAUCUGCAAUCGCAAUCCGUUUCUUUCUCAAUCCUAACAAAAAACCCUCAUUCCAUUGCCUCCAAUCAUCAUCGUCGACACUCAACGACAUCGUUGAAAAACCCCCAAAACAGUGCCCUUUUGAUCCAUCCAAACGAAAAGGAUAUUUGUCGUGGGAUGAUUAUUUCAUGGCCAUUGCCUUUCUUUCAGCCGAGCGUUCUAAGGAUCCCAAUAGGCAGGUUGGGGCAUGCUUGGUCAGUCAAAAUGGAAUAAUACUUGGAAUCGGCUACAAUGGAUUUCCAAGAGGUUGUGCAGAUGAUGAACUUCCGUGGGCAAAGAAAUCUAGGACUGGAGACCCAUUGGAGACAAAAUAUCCGUAUGUCUGUCAUGCUGAAGUUAAUGCUAUUAUGAAUAAGAACCAUGCAUCAGCUGCUGGGCAGAAGCUUUACGUGACAAUGUUCCCUUGCAACGAAUGUGCAAAGAUCAUUAUCCAGCAAGGUGUCUCUGAAGUCAUCUACUUUGUCGAGAAGAAUAUAAGAAAUUCAGAUACUUCAUAUAUUGCUUCUCACAGAUUAUUAACGAUGGCUGGUAUUAAGGUUAGAAAGCAUCGACCACAGAUGGACCAAAUUUUACUCAAGUUUGAGGAGACGUAAAGCAUCCCUUUGAUUCAAUACUCCUGUAUUGAGUAACUUAUUCUCUUGCGCUCCAAGAAUGUUUCUCAGUACCGUUGAAAAUGUACUGCUUGUAGGCUUGUAGCCGCUAGUUAUGGCAGUCAUGAAGAGAGAUCUUGAACAUGGGGUCUUGUGACAUCUGUGACAUUACACUGUACUUGUUUAGGAGUGAGCCCCAUGAAAGCCCAGCAGUGGACCCCAUGAUCCACCUGAUCAGAGAAAUUGCGGUCUGAUCAUCUGAUCGAUCAGAUUGUGGGAUCCAAAUCUCUGGUCCAACAUAUCAUGGGGUCCACUCUUGGGUUACAUCACAUGUUCUCCUAGCUAGCUUAUGGUGAUUCCCUUGGAUGUCCAUGUUAAGGAAAUUGAAUGAAAUGCAUGUUCAUUUAUAAACUAAAACUGAUAGUUGAUUUCUUACA